CGCUACUCAAACCUCCUGACAUUUUGUCACUCCCCACAUAAAAGCUCCCGCUGUCCCGAUCAAGCAGUCGACAAAGAUGCCCCCGAAACGCACCGCCAUCCUCGUCGCCGCGGGCCUGCUGGCCCUGACGGCCGCCGCGCCCCGCCCCACGCAGCUCGCGCCGAGGAGCUACACGCGCUCGUGCCAGGGGUGCUACCUGAGCGACACCAAGUACCUGUUUUGCUACUGCGGCGACGGCGGCGGCCGGCGGGUCGGGACCGAGAUCGACCUGGACUGGUGCGUCGCGAACCAGGGCGGGCGGUUGGUGGCCAGGGCAAAUGGCAACUUUUCAAAGAGCUGCAACCAUGAGCGCUGGGUUGAGGGCAGCACCAACGUCCUUACCGCGUCGUGUGGUGAUGGGAGGGGCGGGGUGAGGGAUAGCUCGAUCAACUUGGCUCUGCCUCGCGCAGAUGAUUUCAUUCACAACAACAACGGCCUCUUGACUUGUCACGGUAUUAAGGGGGUGGAGGGCCAGGUGCCUGGGGGUCCGGGGUGUCCUUAUCCCCAUACGAUUUGCUAGAGGGAUCUUGGGAGCUGGAGGAUUUGACUGGUGUGGGG